CAAACUUUCUCUAUGCUUGCAAAAAGCAUCGAUGGCCAAGCCGAGGUCGGGAUCUGAGUCUCCUAUAAUUCAUCUCUGGAGUGGCGGGACCCACAUUUACUUAUCGGCACCGCCUUAUCGACGCCGCCCGCGUCCAACCCGACCUACCUGGCCAGUUAUACCGCCCCACCAUUGAUCGCAUACCAGGGACUUGGUGAUGGUUUACGAACUGAUUCAAUAUUGACACACGUUCAUAUACCACUGUGAUACCCCGUUUGGUUAUUUCUUAGGACAAUUGUUCUUUUUUCGCAAGUACCUUCGAAACGCGAUCCGUUUUCAAAAAGAAAAGCACAUUCACUCCACCAACCCGCCAAAAUGGACCCCUACUCGGCCGAGGGCGAGCUCAUCAACAUCCACAACCACUUCCACCAGGGCCAGUUCCAGGAGGUGGUCGACUACGACACGUCCUCCCUCUCGCCAGAGAACGCCCUCCCCGCCAAGGUACUGCAGCUGCGAUCCCGCAUCGCCUUGGGUCAGGCCGAAGAUGUCCUGGCCGAGGUGAAAGGCAAGUCGGAGCCCGAGCUGGCCGUCAUCGGCGCCCUAGCCCAGCAAGCUCUCGGCAAGUCCGACGCUGCCGUCGCCGCCGUCGAGAAGCUGGCCGAGGAGAACGGUGAAAACCCAGUCGUGCAGGUUGUAGGCGGCACGGUGCUCCAGGCUGCGGGCAAGUCUGAGGAGGCACUGGCGCUGUUGUCCAAGCAACAAGGAAACCUCGAUGCCGUGGCUCUGACCGUCCAGAUUCACCUUGCCCUGAACCGCAACGACCUCGCACUCAAGGAAGUAAAGGCUGCGAGGAGCUGGGCUCAAGACAGCUUGCUGGUAAACCUGGCUGAGUCGUGGGUUGGCCUGAGGAAGGGAGGUGAGGCUUACCAACAGGCCUUCUACGUUUUCGAGGAGCUGGCACAGUCGGCGUCAACAGCAUCGGUGCGGACUCUUGUCGCUCAGGCCGUGGCUGAGCUUCACCUCGGCCGGACCGAAGAGGCACAGGCCGCUCUGGAACAGGCCACGCAAAAGGACCCCAACUUUGCUGAGACGGUUGCGAACCUUCUCGUCCUCAAGGUUAUUACCGGUGCUAAUGCAGAUGAGCAGGUCAGCUUGUUGAAAAAGACCGCACCUGAUCACCCACUGUUGGUCGAUCUGGAGGAGAAGAGUGCUCUGUUUGAUAAGGCUGCUACGAAAUACAGCGCCAAGGUGUCAACUGUGUCAAGUUAAGACUGCGUUGGGACUAAAUAUUAGGCGUUCAAAAAAGAUUCACGAUUUUAAUGACAUUGUCUCGUUGCGUUGCUUUAAAGACAAAAUAGACUGUUACAGAA